CGUUGCCAGGAUAUGUGGUAAAUAUUUUAUUAUGUUUAUGUAAUUGGGUUUAGUCGCUUCUUUGUACUAUUUUUUUUUUCUUUUUUUUGUUACUUUUAAACAUGCGCGAGUGUAUAUCGGUUCAUUGUGGUCAGGCGGGAGUCCAAAUUGGAAACGCGUGCUGGGAGCUUUAUUGCUUAGAACAUGGAAUCCAACCGGAUGGGCAGAUGCCAUCAGAUAAAACCGUCGGCGGAGGUGACGAUAGCUUUAACACCUUCUUCAGCGAAACAGGUGCGGGAAAGCAUGUUCCCAGGGCGGUAUUUCUCGACUUGGAACCAACAGUAAUCGAUGAAGUGCGUACUGGUACUUACCGUCAGUUGUUCCACCCAGAACAAUUGAUUAGUGGAAAAGAAGACGCAGCUAACAAUUAUGCUAGAGGCCAUUACACAAUUGGAAAGGAAAUAGUUGAUCUUGUUCUAGAUCGUCUUCGAAAGUUAGCAGACCAGUGUACUGGACUUCAAGGAUUUCUUAUAUUUCAUUCAUUUGGAGGUGGAACUGGUUCAGGAUUUACAUCACUCCUGAUGGAGAGAUUAUCUGUUGAUUAUGGAAAAAAGUCGAAACUGGAAUUUGCUAUUUAUCCAGCUCCACAAAUUGCAACAUCCGUUGUUGAACCUUACAAUUCCAUAUUAGUAACGCAUACAACAUUAGAACACUCAGAUGCGGCUUUUAUGGUUGACAACGAAGCACUGUACGAUAUUUGUCGAAGAAAUUUAGACAUAGAACGACCAACGUACACAAAUUUAAACAGGUUACUCGGUCAAAUAGUGUCUUCAAUAACAGCAUCACUUCGUUUUGAUGGAGCACUCAAUGUGGAUUUAUUGGGAUUCCAAACGAAUCUCGUUCCUUACCCUCGUAUUCACUUUCCACUCAUAACAUACGCCCCUAUUAUUUCAGCUGAAAAAGCCUACCACGAGCAACUUUCUGUACCGGAAAUAACAAAUGCUUGUUUCGAACCGGCAAACCAAAUGGUUAAAUGUGAUCCACGUCAUGGAAAAUACAUGGCUUGCUGUUUAAUUUAUAGAGGAGACGUGGUUCCAAAAGAUGUGAGUUCGUCAAUUGGAACAAUUAAAACAAAGAGAACAAUUCAGUUUGUCGAUUGGUGUCCAACAGGAUUUAAAGUUGGAAUAAAUUAUCAACCUCCUACUGUAGUUCCUGGUGGCGAUUUAGCAAAGGUUCAACGCGCCGUUUGUAUGUUAUCGAACACGACAGCAAUAGCCGAGGCUUGGGCUCGUCUAAACCAUAAGUUUGAUUUGAUGUAUGCCAAAAGAGCUUUCGUUCAUUGGUAUGUUGGUGAAGGUAUGGAAGAAGGUGAAUUUUCGGAAGCAAGAGAAGACAUAGCAGCUUUGGAAAAGGAUUUUGAAGAGGUUGGAAUGGAUUCAGGAGAAGGAGAAGGUGAAGGAGGAGAAGAGUGAAUGCGAGGAAGGGGAAGCCUGAUUAGUCUGAUUACGGUAUAUUGAUGACGUUACCGUUACGUACUGUAGGUAUUUACUUAAUAAGAUAGAACACCAUGUUGUCUGUGUAAUUGUUGAAAAUAUACAUUCCCAAAAUCGAA